AUGCCCGAUGGCCAGCCCAUCUACCAGCACCUCGCGGAUGCAAUCUACGCCGCUUGUCCGGAAGCCGACGGCGUGUACAUUUCCUUGGCCCAAGAGUCACUACUGGAUGACCGGCUCCGUCACGCAGCCCUUCCAGGCUAUAAUACAGAGAGCAAGCAAAGCCGUCGACCCACCUUGCUCAUCCUAUACGACGCGCGUGGGAACAACACCACAGAAUCUGCCGGUCCGGCAGCCGGCCUCCUCGCCGCCCAUCGAGCACACCCGGACGCCACGUGGCUCGUCGUCGGGUGCGAUUACCCCUUUGUCACUGUGGAAGCCCUGAGCCAGCUCAGAGAAAUGUACGCUGAGCCUGUGACGUGCUUCCGCAACGACGAGGGCUUUUGCGAACCCCUGAUCGGGAUAUGGAGCCCAAGGGCGCUAGAGAGGCUAGCAGAGAACGACGCAAAGGGUCGAUCCGGGCCGAGCGCUGUCGUCCGCGAGCUCGACGGGUUAACGAUACGGCCGAACGGGGCAUGUUCCACCAAGGUGCUGUGCAACGUGAACACGCCGCAAGAGUGGGAGGCGGCGCAAGGGAUCCUCACAAGAUGA